GAGGGACGGGCGGGGAGCGGCAGCAUCGGCGGCGGGAGCUGCGCCCGCACGGCCCGUCCAUGGCGGCCCCAGCGGGCCCUGCCCCGGCCGCCCGCGGCCCCCGACGCUGCUAGGGAGCGGGCAGCUGGGCUGCGCCUUCGCCCCUUCGCCCGCCCGCCGACAUGUCGCUGGCCAUGGAGGAGGAGGAGUACUCGCGGCUGGUGAUGGAGUCGGAGCCCGAAUGGCUGCGGAGCGAGAUCAAGCGGCUCUUCCAGGAGCUGGGCGAGACCACCCGGGAGAAGAUCCAGGCGGCGGAGUACGGGCUCGCCGUGCUGGAGGAGAAGCAGCAGCUGAAGCAGCAGUACGAGGAGCUGGAGCUGGAGUACGAGACCAUCCGCGCCGAGAUGGAGCAGCUCAAGGAGGCUUUUGGACAGGCCCAUACCAACCACAAGAAGGUAGCAGCAGAUGGAGAGAGCAGAGAGGAGACCUUGAUCCAGGAAUCAGCUACCAAAGAAGAGUACUACAUGAAGAAGGUGAUGGAGCUGCAGACAGAACUGAAGCAGAUCAGAAAUGUCCUUGCCAACACGCAGUCUGAAAAUGAACGCCUUAAUUCCGUCGCACAGGAGCUGAAGGAGGUCAACCAGAACGUGGAGAUCCAAAGGGCCCGUCUGCGAGAUGAUAUUAAGGAAUACAAAUUCCGAGAAGCACGCUUGCUGCAAGACUACACUGAGCUAGAAGAGGAAAACAUCUGUCUCCAGAAACAAGUGUCUGUUCUGAAGCAAAAUCAGGUGGAGUUUGAAGGCCUGAAACACGAAAUCAAAAGGCUUGAAGAAGAAACUGAGUUCCUCAACAGCCAGCUGGAAGAUGCCAUCCGCCUGAAGGAGAUCUCGGAGCGCCAGCUGGAGGAGGCCCUGGAGACGCUGAAGACGGAGCGGGAGCAGAAGAACAACCUUCGCAAGGAGCUGUCCCACUACAUGAACAUCAACGACUCCAUGUACAACAGCCACCUGAACAUCUCCUUGGACGGGCUGAAGUUCAGCGACGAAGCCACGGAGCCCAACAACGACGAGGUGAUGAACGGCUUUGAGCAGAACUGCCUCAGCAAGCUCAGCGGCGGCAAGAACAGCACCUCGACGCCCAAGAAGAACGAAAGCUUCCCUCCAGCCCCCAGUCUGGUCUCGGAUCUCCUGAGCGAGUUAAACAUUUCCGAAAUCCAGAAGCUGAAGCAGCAGCUCGUGCAGAUGGAAAGAGAAAAGGUAAACUUAUUAACAACGCUACAGGAAUCUCAGAAGCAGCUGGAAAACACACGGGGGGCCCUCUCAGAGCAGCAUGAGAAGGUUGGCAGGCUCACUGAAAACCUGAACGCCAUGAAGAAGCUGCAGGCCAGCAAGGAGCGUCAGUCUGCCCUCGACAACGAGAAGGACCGAGACAGCCACGAAGAUGGGGACUAUUACGAGGUCGACAUCAACGGGCCAGAGAUCCUGGAGUGCAAGUACAAGGUGGCCAUGGCAGAAACUACUGACCUAAAAGAAGAGCUCAAAAAUUUGAAGGCCAAGUACGAAGAAUGUGAGUCUAAAUAUGAGGAGGAGAAGAGUAGAUAUGAGACCGAGAACCAAGCUCUCACUGAAAAGAUCACCUCCCUGGAAAAGUCCAGUAGGCAUGACAGAGAGCAGGUGGCCAGGCUGGAGAAGGAGCUGAAGAAAGUCAGUGAUGUUGCUGGGGAAACACAGGGCAGCCUGAGCGUGGCCCAGGAUGAACUGGUCACCUUCAGCGAAGAGCUGGCCAAUUUGUACCACCACGUCUGCAUGUGCAACAACGAAACUCCGAACAGGGUGAUGCUGGACUACUACAAGGAAGGGAAAGGUGGGCGCAGCAGUCCAGAGGCCAAGGGAAGAAGGUCUCCCAUUCUUCUUUCCAAAGGGCUGUUAACUAUUGAGCUGGGAAAGGCAGAGAACGGGAGUGGUGACAGCAGCCCGUCCCCGGUGUCGUCUCUGCCGUCCCCCGUGUCCGACCCGCGGAAGGAGCCCAUGAACAUUUACAACCUGAUCGCCAUCAUUCGGGACCAGAUCAAACACCUGCAGGCUGCUGUGGACAGAACCACCGAGCUGUCCAGGCAGCGUGUCACCACUCAAGAGCUUGGGCCCGUGGUGGACAAGGACAAGGAAGCCCUCAUGGAAGAAAUCCUGAAGCUGAAGUCGCUGCUGAGCACCAAGAGGGAACAGAUUGCAACUCUGAGGACUGUGCUGAAGGCCAACAAACAGACUGCAGAGGUAGCCCUUGCCAACUUAAAAAGCAAGUAUGAGAACGAGAAAGCGAUGGUGACAGAGACCAUGAUGAAGCUGCGAAACGAGCUGAAGGCUUUGAAAGAAGACGCCGCCACCUUCUCCUCCCUGAGAGCAAUGUUCGCUACAAGAUGUGACGAGUACGUCACACAGCUGGACGAGAUGCAGCGGCAGCUCGCGGCCGCCGAGGACGAGAAGAAGACUCUGAACUCCUUGCUCCGGAUGGCCAUCCAGCAGAAACUGGCCUUGACCCAGCGCCUGGAGCACCUGGAGCUGGACCACGAGCAGUCCAAAAGGGUGCGCACAAAAUCUGCCUCCAAAGCCAAGGGCAGUAACCCCGGCGUAAGUCACGUUCGGUCCUGCGGGGACAGGCCCGAAGGGUCUGUCCUCAACAACCAGGUGUUCUGUAGCGAGAAAUAUAAAAUCUAUUGUGACUAGGACAGGUGUCUAGGGGGGAAAAAAAAAAAUUAAAAAAAUCAUAUUCUGCAUCUUAUUUUAUGCUGUAACUGUCAGCGUAAAUAAAUCCCCACUAUCUAAUGUCGCAGUGAGUUGACUUGUACUAGUAUGUUGUGGAACCAGGUAAUACAGAUUGUAUUAUGGUGUUCUUAACUGUAACUAAUGCAUAAGUAUGGGGAUGCUAUUAACAAGUUAAUAGUGGAAAGGAACUAGCUUUUUCCACAAUUAACACGUCUGGGUUUUGCUGUUUAUGGUAAGUGUUAAGGGUACACCCGAUAGAGCAUAUCUGGUGUUACCAAUUGUAGUUUGUAUAGCACAAAUGUGAUCCUUUCUCCAGGGUUGCAGCAUAUUUCAGUAGAUGCUUUCACAGGCAGAAACAAACAGAAAACCUUCCUUGUUAUUGUGGCUUCUGAAGUGGUGAAAAGCAAACAUCAACAUUAGAGAGUAUUUGGAGACUGGAAUCAAACAAUUUGCCUGGUGUGGCAGAUGUUGGUACAACUUGCUGUUGUAUCACCACUGACCAAAGUCCUAAAGCUUUUAUAGGCUAUAAAAGCUGGAAAAACACUUGGUAGGGUACAUUAUUUACGCCCUGUUUCCCUCUUUUCAGAGGGAUAACCAGAAGAAACUUGCACAUUUAUAUUAAAAAUAUGCAAUAUUUUCCCCACCUGAUAAUAAAACUUUAAAUGUUCAAGAUUUGGGAUCCUACCUGGCACACAGUUCCACUUGAAGAAAUUAUGUCAUGAAAGGACCUUUGUGGUUUCAUGUUGCUCUUUGCAAGCAUAACACUUUGGAAAGAACCUGUUUGAGGUAUCACUGUAGCCACACAAGAUGUAUGUGUAGAAUUGACGUGACUAUGGUCUAGCAUUGUUGGUCACAAACAGCUUUCAGUAUUAACCUAAAUAGGUAGCAUUUCAGAGCUCUGAUCAUUUGUUGUUUUUUUUUAAAGUACACAGAAGAUAAUUGCAUUCCAUAUGCAAGCAUGUGUUUCACAGGGCUCUACAUUAGAGGCACGGGAAAUUGAACCAGAUCAUCCUGCUGAUAAUGAUUUAUGAAGUAGCUUAGUAUCCAUAUUAAUCUUUAAAAACAAACAAACCUUCCUCUGCUAUUGAACUGUUAAGGGGCCUUUUUAGCCACUUAAUUAACAAGAAGUUUGAUAGUCUAAAAGUGUACUUCAUAAUUGGUGCCUACACAAGAGAGGAAAAAAAAAAAAAGAAAAAGAUUGAAAAACGUUGCUUCUAAAAUUGUGGAAAAUUCAUGGAGCGCCCUGCAAGGCACAGAUCUUUGUUUGACCCGCAGUGUCCAAGUGCCUCGCCUCAGACUUUUAUUUCAAUGUAAAGCCCUGUUCGUUUUGUACUCCGUUUCCAAGACUUUUGUACGCCUGUAGCGUUACUAACAGGCGGUCCCUGGGGCCGUUCCAACCCUCUGCCGUGGUUCUGCUCCCCUGCCCCGGCCCUGCAGAUGCUCAGCCCUUGCCCCUGCGCUGCCUCUGCCUAGUCAGGAGAUAGCCCAGUGCUGACUGAAGGUAAUGAACAGCACAGCUGGUUUUCCCACUUGAGGGGGGGAAAAAAAAAAAAAACACAUGGGAUUUUGGCUUCCCAGAUAUUUUUAAGGGGUGUAGGGGAGGGGGGGAAGUUUUCUAAAUUCAUACAGUGAGACUUUGAACAAAUGGAACUUGGCUACAAAGCUGGGAACCGUGGGAAUGCCACGGCCCGGAGCCAGGAUUGCAUUUUUUGAUAUGGAGAGGAGGGGAAAAAAAAAAAAAAAACAACCCAAGCGAUUCAAUUCUAAUGUGUUGCUCAAACAUCACUGCUUGGGAAGUUUAAACAAACUGCAAUUCUGGGUUUAGAAACUAGGCCCUAUGUGUCUGUUAUUACUUUUUUUAGAAAACACUGAAUUCUCCUGAAUUUGAGCUUUAAUAUUGCUAAAUAGCAGGUUUGAUAUUUUAGAAGAGGCAUCUUUUACGAUUUUCAAUCCUGCUUUUCUCUUCUUUGCUGCACAAUCUUCCAAAAGGCCUUUAUUCUUCUCAUUCCUGCAUUAAGUACAGUUUAAAAAUACUUGGUGACAGCAAGUGUUUGAGUGCUAACCUUCUCUGCUCCGACAGACACAGUUACAGUUCUGCUUCCGCUGUGGUAGGGAGCUUUAACACAGUUCUCACUGCUUCCAUGUCUCUAAUGACAGUAUUUUUGCAAAAUGCUAAUGGCAAAAGGAUAAACUGGAGAAUGCAUUGUUAGGUUGCAUAAUUGAAUGCAUUGUUAGGGUUUGUUUUUGUUGGUUUUUUUCCCAAAUUAUCUGGAAUUUUCUGUAAAGAUUUCAGUGUUACCAGACAGGUGACUAUUGCUGUCAGGCCUGGCUCAUUCCUUCAGUUUCCAAGUAUGAACAAUUUUGCUGUUAGCCCAAUAAUCUUAGUUGUGAAUCUUUUAAAACCCCCAAAAGCCAGCCUGACUGCUCUUCGAGUCUGUCACCCUUAUGGUUCAUCCUGUCACAAAAAGAACAGCGUAAAGUGACUCGAUCCUGCUGUUUGUAUUUUUAGAGAAUAUUUAAGACUGAGUCUUUUAAUUCUCGAUUAAGAUUUCCUCUUUUUUCUUUUGAGACAUUCAUUUGCUGUGUAAGUCUUUCGUAUCAGUCUUAAUGGGUUGGGAUAAAGCAUGGAAAAAUUCCUUAAGCCAUCACCUACCUCUGCGAGCAGGCUCUUCUGGAUGGUUCUCUGCAUAGGCCUGCAUGCCACACUGACCUGCAUGUUUCUGGAGAACCUAAAGCUUCACUGAAAACAUUUCCUGUGCACCCAUGGCUGUUAACUCGUGCUUGAACGGCAAAGCUUUAUUCAGUACUUGUAAGAACCCUUCUUUCUGCAAAGCUGUUGCUUCCAGGCUGAACCCACAGAGCCUUGUUCCCCCCAGCUGGGAAGGUGGCCUGGCUGCUGCUCCCCCAGCCAGCUAACAGACCCUCAGCCAACUAACCUGCACAUGGGCUUAAGUUUUCAGUUCUUUGAAGUGAGAAAUAAACACUGAUUAUUCUUUUUUUUUUUAUUUGAUUCUUUUUUUUUUUCCUAAUGCUAUUUUAUUUUUCCAUUUUUCAGCUGUAGAGUAGUCCCUGGAGAAGGCCUUUCCAACAGUGCAACAGCAUUUCUUAGCCUUCCUCACUCUGGUUCAAAGUGGUUGGCCCAUUGCAGAGUGGAAACCACUGACCCGACCCUAACUUUUGAAAACACCUUUUCCCACAUACCACCUGAACCCUUCCCUUUCUGCCUGAAGCUAUGAAAAAAAAAAACAAACCCACAAACAAGCUUUACUUAAUAAGUGCUGCUGCAGUAAGAAACCUUACAAGUGCUGAAGAAACCUCCUUCAAAUGUAACGCUCACCGUGUUAGUUGUGUGCUCUCCUAGAAAUGUCGGACGGGGGAAUUGAUUUCAUUGCAGAUGCUCAUUUUUUUUUACCUGAUUGUUAAACCUGUGCACUUUUGAUAUUUUUUUUUUUCUUUAGCUUCUUUAAUUCCUUAUGUAGAAGAGUUUAUAUAAAUGCAGUGGUUUGUGCUCAUAGUCUCUCUCCAAUUUGGAACUUGUGAUUUAUGAAUUAUAUAUCAGCAUGUGGCAGAGAUUUUUGUGGGGGCUCUAGAUUGCGAUUAGAAAAGAGUUUCAGCAAAAAAAAACACCAGGAGCUCUGCUAAACUAUGUGCUGUGCUUCGGCAUCUUUUUUUAUUAUUAUAAAAUGUUAAGCUUUAUAUGUUUAAAUUACUGAUUUUUUUUUUUUUAACUGCCAUGUUCAUUAAGAAAUCCAGGGUAUUCAAAUUCUGGGGUUUUUUUCAUAUUGUAUUAUUAUUCUUAGGAAUAGUUCAAUGUAACAAGAAGAAAACUUGACUUUGCUCUGGUUAAAACAGUAAUAGGCACUUGAAAAAUAUUAAAUAAGUAGUAUUACCUAUAAAUUCCAGAAUUCCUGGGUUUUAGGAAGUCGAAGUAUUAUUGAUUAACAGAAUUUUAUACAACUAUACCAGUGAAAUUCCAAAUUGGAAUUGUUUUGUUACUUUUUCAUUUUAUUGUGCCAAAUUGUGGUACAUUUAGAAAGAAAAAUUCUAAAGUGGUCAAUGAUAGGGUGUUAUCUAUCAGCGCCUUUCUGUCACUCAUUAUUGCCAGUAGUGCCUUUGAUCAUUUGAAGGGAGACUCUUAGAGUAGCGUUUAGGCCAAGUCCUGUCCCUUAGGAGGAACGAAACGGCUGUUUUUUGGGAUUGGUUCAAAGAUGUGGAGCAAUAAGUGCAAAGCGACCUCCCCUUUCGCACAUUUUUAACGGUAGUCGCGCUUAGAGAGAUUAUAUAUUCAAGGAAUUGUAAAAAAUUCUGUUAGUCAAUGAUAUUUCAUCGUGCAAAUUCAGGGGUGUAGAGAAAGCAAACAAAACAAACAAACAAAAAACACAAAACCACAAAGCUAAAGGGUCCCGACUGCGGGUUGGGAGCCGGGUGGGCCGGUGCGGGCCGGCCCCGUGCGGGUGUGGGCGCGGCACAUCCACAUCUCCUCGUGCAUGUUGUACCCAGGCGUGACUUCAGCAAACAGAAACAGUUGGGAAGAGCGUCAACCAGCCCUGCCAACAGGCUUGUUGAGGCUCCUGGGGGAGUGAUUCAAUUGGUACUUUGCUGGAGGGGGUGGGGGGGGAUGCAGUUCUCCCGCUCCUCUCAAAAAGAAAAAAAAACGUAAAAAAAAGGUCAAAUUGAACCAAUAUUGACAGCCUGGAAGAGAUUUCUGUUUGCUGGAAAGAGCAUUAUUAUUCCUAGAUGUGGGGACUUUAUAUAUUUCCAUCUUCUGUUACAGUAUUGGUUCAUAAGAAAUAUUGUUGCAUUUAAAAUUACUACAUUUGUAUGUGGGUAUUUAUUUGAAAUGAUGUCAAAGUACUGUAUUAUGUUCUAUGUGCAUUACCUUUUAGUGGUGGGUUGGUCUCCAUUUAACGUCAUAUGCAUGUAAAUCUUGCCAAGUAACCUUUACACAGAUCUGAGAAACAAAACAAAAAAAAAAAAGUUAAAACGUGGGAACUUCUUAAAAGGAUAACUGUGUGUUAAUUGGAUAACUUUAGGAGGGGGUAGAGGGCAAAAAACGUUGCUUCCAGAUUAAUGAAACAGUGUUUGAUGUAGGAAAGCGAUGUGCCUGCGUAAAGGUGGUCACAUUGGCAGGAGCAAUAAAAGAGAAAAGGAAUUGUG